AUGAAUUCAUUCUUGCUCUAUGAUCAACAAUUUCUUCUUUAGCAAUAACUUUUGCUUCAAUAACUUGUUUAAUUCAAUUCAUUGAUAGCUCUGAGGUAAGCUUUACACUUAAUAUAUGUUUAGAACUGCUUGCUCUCUAUAAGUGUAGUAAAGUCCUUAAAUUUAACCCCGAUCUCCUCAAGAAACUCAUACAAUAGAACAUAAUACUAUAAUAAAUGAUGAAUAAAGCUCAUUUGAACUAUCUAAAUCCCAAAAAAUAUCGAAAGCCAUAAAAAAAUCAAAGGUAACAAAGUCAAACAACCAAAAUUCUUCUCAAAAACAAACUAAAAAAAAGAUAUUCUUAUCCAUGAAAGACAUCAAGGAUGUCCAAUAUAAAAAGUAUUAAGUUUAAUUUAUCUAGAAACAAAAUCCAAAAUGAAAACAAAAAUGAAGAGGUAGUAACGAAAUAAGAAGAGAAGAAUUGA